GUGAGCCUUCCACGGUCUGCACGCGCGCCGUAAGCGCCGAGCCGCCGCAAGUCCACAAUGCCGCAAGGCGACGGCGAACAGUACCUUGAGCCGGAGCAUCAUCAGGCGCUGCAGGAUCUCCGCAAGGGCGGCCUCACGUACCGCCUCGACCCGGGCGUCACGUUUUUCUCGAUCGACGAGAUCGAGCGGCGCGUGAAGGCGAUGUGCGCGGCGCGCGCGCGGCGCCUCGGCUCGGACGUCUUUGUUCCGGCCGGCGCGAAGCGGGGCUGGGAGGUGCGCGCCGUUGCUACGAUGGCGUCGGACGCGCGCGCGGUCGCGGCGUGGCGGCGCGAUCGCGGCGAGGCCGUCGAGGACGAGGACGAGGAAGAAGCG